AUGCGUCCUCCAACAGACUCGUUGCGUCAUCAACUACAAAAGCUCGCCGAAGCACAAAUGAACCGCACUUCUUCUACAAACGUCCCUCCUUAUCUAUCAAGUACCCCUCCCAGAAGCUUCAUCAUGACUCCCAGUCCUCUGAUGAUGGAUGACUCGAAAUGGGAGGACCCCGCUGUACCCAUCACCAUAAAUAUUGAUUCUUCGAUUGAUAUAUUCGGCAACAAUAAUACUGUUAUGCUGCCGUCGCGAGCUGCUCCACCAAUAAGCACCACGCCCAGCCCGAGCACAGACUCAGAGAACUUUGGGUCAUCUACACCGUCCGCCUCGCAACAGAACCGGGUCGCCAAGUUUGGCAGCAUGGCGGCCGUCAUCAUCGCCGCACUGGAGAAAGCCGGUGGACUGACCGAUGACCUGGGGCGCACUCGCCCAAUUCACAUUAGCAUCAACUCGGGCAUAAAGAUCGACGGCAAAAGCAACACCAUCUGCAACAGGUACACACAGCUCCGGAGAUCGUUCACCUACUCGUCCUCUGUUGCAGUUGGCGAGAAGCGGCGUGCAGUGUCUGUACGUAUCAAUCUAUCCCUGAGCUACUCGAACAUCCACUGA